GAGAGCAGCGGUUUGGAGCUUUGCGUAUAAAGCCUAACGACCGAACAGGUUGCAGGUUUAGUUCGUGCUCCACUACCGAACCGAUCGGUGCCAGGGGUGACGCUGUGCAUCAGUGAUUUUUUCUAUUCGCUUGUGAUUGUUGUGUGUUAACAGUAGUAGCUUCGUAGAACUGAUUUCGUUUGCCCAAUACCGUUGGCACAGUGCACAAAGGAAAGCCUGAUUUGUGUCGCGAGAAGCUAAGGCUUAAGGUCGCAUAGCGUUAUGCGACGUUCAACGAUGUUCGCAUCGAAGAAGGACCCGGCGAUCCGGAUCCUGUCGACAUCGUCUUCGUCGCUGCUGGCAGUGUGCCUGGUGCUGAGUGUAGUGCUUGUACCAGCGGUGCAGUGUGAGGGCCACUACUCGAUCGUGGGUGCGAAACUGCUCCGGCCUAACUCCGAGUACCAUGUAGCGGUAACGAACCAGGAUGUGAGCGAACCGAUCCGUUUCAGCCUUGCCAUUACGGAUGCAAGCAGCGUGAUCGCCAAACAGGAGAUUACGCUGAACACCGGUGAAACGCGGCUCGUACCGUUCGCUAUUGGUGAUAUUUCCGAGUCGUCGUACAAGCUGGUCGCCGAAGGGUUAUCGGGCCUAACCUUUAAGAACGAAACCGAUUUGGAGUAUCAGCAGAAGAGCUUCUCGGUAUUUGUGCAAACGGACAAAUCCAUCUACAAGCCGGGCGAUACGGUGCGGUUCCGUGUGCUGGUACUCGACCCGAACACCAAACCCCUCCAGAAGGCGGACAACAUUAGCGUGCACAUUAACGACGCUAAAGCGAACCGCAUCAAGCAGUGGAAGGAGGGCAAGCUGGUGAAGGGUGUGUUCGAGUCGGAGCUGACCCUCUCGACCGCCCCGGUGCUGGGCGCGUGGACCAUCAACGUGGAAGUGCUGGGAUCGAAACACAACAAAGUUUUUGAGGUGGAUGAGUAUGUGUUGCCGAAGUUUGAGGUUACGGUUGAGUCGCCCGGCAUCACCACGUUCAAGGAUGGUAAGGUGAAGGCGAUCAUUCGCUCGAAGUACACGUACGGCAAGCCGGUGAAGGGUGAGGCAACCGUGUCGGUCAGUCCCGAGUUCCAGUUCCAUUACGUGCAGCCGUUCGCUAAGGAUGUGAUCACGCGCAAGGUGAUCCCGAUCGAUGGCAAGGGUUCGGUUGAGUUCGAUCUGCGCGAGGAUAUCCAUCUGGAGGGUGAUUACUCGCGUAACAUCGUCAUUGAGGCGGUGGUGGAGGAAGAGCUAACUGGACGGAAACAGAACGCCUCCGCCAAGGUGAUGAUCUACGAUCGUCGCUACAAGAUGGAGCUGGUAAAGUCGGACGAUAACUUCAAGCCUGGGCUGCCGUACACGGCGUGGCUGAAGGUGUCCUACCAGGAUGGUGCGCCAGUGCAGGACCAAACGAAUCCGGUCGAAGUAAAGCAGUCUUCGUUCGAAAGCACCACAUCGGUGCAGAACUACACGCUCGAUCAGAACGGUAUGGCAAAGCUAGAGAUCAACACCGAGGUGAACAGCUCGUACAUCAACGUGGUCGGUGUGUAUCUGGGCCAGGAGUUUUAUCUGCACGGCAUUUCGAAGGCCGAAUCGGACGUGGAUUCGUACAUUCGCGCUCAGGUGCUGACGGAGAUGCCGCUGGUCGGUAAGGAUGUGCUGGUGGAGGUGACCUCGACCAGCCCGAUGAAGUACUUCACCUACCAGCUGCUCGGACGAGGAGAUGUGCUGCUGAGUAAUACGAUCGCUGUGCCGGAAAGCAAAACGCAGUCGUUCAAAUUCCCCGCCACCUUUGCGAUGGUACCGAGGGCCAAGCUGGUUGUAUACUAUAUUGCCCCGAACGGGGAUAUGGUCAGCGACAGCAAGGUGAUCACCUUUGACAGUGAGCUGCAAAACUUUAUGAAAGUAAGCCUCUCGAAGGAGCAGUCGAAACCGGGUCAGGAUGUGGAGAUCAGCAUCAGCACCAAUCCGGACUCGUACGUCGGACUGCUCGGUGUCGAUCAGAGCGUGCUGCUGCUCAAGAGCGGUAACGAUAUUACCAAGCAGCAGGUGUUUAGCGAGCUGGAGAAGUACGAGGAGCGCUCGUACGGGUUCUAUCGCAGGAAGAAGCGUUUCGCAUGGAAUCCGCAUGCUGAACAUCGGGAUUUUAGUACCGUCGGUGCAUUUGUGAUGUCGAACGCGAAUGACCCUCCCCCCAACAAUACGUUGCCCGAGGUACCGAUCUAUAAGUUUCACCGCGCACCGAACGGUACCGUGCUGUACACGACGAUCGAAAAGCCACGUGCGCAGAAGCAACACCACGUGCUGGUAACGAACACGCGGCCCCCGUUGGCCGGUCCGUUCGCGUUCAGUCGCAUUCCGCGACCGCACCGUGACAUUCCGCGCCUCUUCCUGUCGCAGGAAAUUCAAAACACUUGGCUUUUUGACAAUACCUACUCCGGCUUCAGUGGAGAGAAGACGCUGCAGAAGAAGGUCCCCGAUACGAUCACGUCCUGGAUCAUUACUGGCUUUUCGGUGAAUCCAAUCUACGGGCUGGGCCUUACGCAGCAGCCUCGCAAGCUGAACGUGUUCCUGCCAUUCUUCGUCUCAACGAACCUGCCGUACUCGGUCAAGCGGGGCGAGGUGGUCGCCAUUCCGAUCGUUGUGUUUAACUACAUGGAGGAUGAUCAGACGGCCGAAGUGGUGCUGCACAACGAUGAGCAGGAGUUUGAUUUUGCUGACGUGGAGAAUGAAGUUGUUGAGUCGAACAAAGUUGAACUGUUCCGUCAGAAGCGACUGGACAUUGCCUCAAACACCGGCAAAUCGGUCUCGUUCAUGGUGAAACCGAAGAAGCUUGGCCACAUCACGAUCAAGGUAACGGCGAAAACGAAGAUCGCCGGUGAUGCGGUUGAGCGUCAGCUGCUGGUCGAACCGGAAGGUCUGCCCCAGUUCAUCAACAAGGCCGCCUUUAUUGAUCUGCGCGCAGCACCAGAACUGACCAAGACGUUCGAGGUGGAAAUCCCCAAGAACGCUGUCCCAGACUCGACCCGCAUUGAGGUGGCCGUGAUUGGCGAUGUGAUGGGCUCGACCAUACAGAACCUGGACUCGCUGAUCCGCAUGCCGUACGGUUGCGGCGAGCAGAACAUGCUCAACUUUGUGCCGAACAUUGUCGUGCUGGACUACCUGAAGGCAACCAACAAGCUGACGGCCAACAUCGAGGCCAAGGCGAAGAAGUUCAUGGAGGCGGGCUAUCAGCGGGAGCUGAGCUACAAGCACCGUGACGGUUCGUUCAGUGCGUUCGGUGAGAACGAUAAGAGCGGCAGCACCUGGCUGACGGCGUUCGUUGCGCGAUCGUUCAAGCAGGCGGCCAAUCACAUCACGAUCGAUGAGGGCGUGAUCGACAAAUCGCUGGAAUGGUUGAGCGAUCAUCAGGCACCGAACGGUAGCUUCCCGGAGGUGGGUGUCGUAUCGCACAAGGACAUGCAGGGCGGAUCCGGCUCGGGUGUCGCCCUUACCGCGUACACACUGAUCGCUUUCCUGGAGAACAUUAACCUGGUGGAUAAGUACAAGAACACGAUCAACAAGGCGAUCGACUACGUGUACCGCAACACGGAAUCGCUGGACGAUACGUACGCGCUGGCACUGGCAGCGUACGCACUCCAGCUUGCCGAUCACUCGUCGAAGGGGCUCAUCCUGAGCAAGCUGGACACGAAGGCAACGACCGACAGUGAUUCGAAGUGGUGGCACAAACCGAUCCCCGAGACGGAACAGAAGAACCCGUGGUACAGCCGACCCAACUCGGUGAACGUCGAGAUGAGUGCGUACGGUAUGUUGGCCUUCCUGGAGGCUGGUCUCGACACGGACGCCCUGCCGAUCAUGAAGUGGCUGAUUGGGCAGCGUAACGACAAGGGUGGCUUCCAGUCGACGCAGGACACGGUCGUGGGGCUGCAGGCACUCGCCAAGCUGGCCGCCAAGAUCACAUCGCCCAACAAUGACGUCACGCUGACGGCAAAGAUCAAUGAAAAUCAGGAAAAGCGCAUGACGGUAAACGCGGAGAAUGGUAUGAUCCUGCAGAAGUUUGAGCUACCGUCGGCUGCCCGCAACAUCGAGAUUCAGGCCACGGGCAGCGGCUUUGCCGUGGUGCAGCUGUCCUACAAGUACAACAUGAACGUGACCGGCGAGUGGCCACGGUUUGUGCUCGAUCCGCAGGUGAACGCGAACACCAAUCCGGACUAUCUGCAUCUGUCGGUGUGUGCGAGCUUUGUACCGUCGGCCGGACAGAACGUGUCGAACAUGGCUGUGAUGGAGGUGGGCUUCCCGAGCGGGUUUACCGCGGACUCGGAUACGCUGCCGUCGUUGGAAAAUAUGCCAUUCAUUAAGAAAGUGGAAACUAAGGACGGUGACACGACGGUAGUGCUGUACUUCGACAGCUUGGAUCAGCGCGAGCUCUGUCCAACGAUCUCCGCCUUCCGGACGCACAAGGUAGCCAAGCAGAAGCCGGCACCGGUUGUAAUCUACGAUUAUUAUGACAAUUCUCGUAUCGCCCGUCAGUUCUACGACGGACCGAAGGCCUCCCUGUGCGACAUCUGCGAAAACGAGGACUGCGGCGAGGCGUGCAGCAUCCGAUCGCAGAAGCAACGCUCGUCGGACAGUCCCAGCCGCCAGCCGACGGUGGAAGGCACCAUGCAGAGCGGCAGUCAAACGGUGCGCGUCAGCUUUUUCACAUUCCUCCUGGCAACGCUGCUAGUGCGGAUGUUCCACUAGCGGUCGUGGCAGUGCUACGAGAUAAGAAUAACUUAGAAACCGCACCGACGAGCUCGCCGAUUUCGGAUUCGCGAUUGGGGUGGUUGUUACCAACGGUAAUGAUGGGAAGCAGGGAUGGUACAGUUGCUUUUUUUUUACUAGCAAAAAGACUGUCGAACGAGUGACGUGACUACAACAAAAAACACUACAAAAAAGAAGGCGAGAAAUAAAAGGAAAUGAAAUAAUCUUACUAAACAUA